AUGUUUAUAACAGAGUUAAGAGAUGUAUAUCAAUAUAUGCAAUCUCAAUAUUUUGUACUCAACAAAGAAACCAUUCUCAGCAUUAGAACAUUAUAGGACAAAUACUUUGAUUAAAAAUUACUUGAAUUAUUGUUACAAAGUGAGGACAUCGUUCGCAAGGAUGUAUUGGAGUAGUUCUAAAGUACUCUACAACAAUUGCAAGAAUGCUAAUUAGGAGGUAACACAUUCAUAAGAAAUGUUCGCACUAUGGUCAAAGUUGUCACACAUUCUAUUGCUAUGCAAAUGUAAUCCAAUGUUGAUAGUUAUGGUUCGAUCAAUCAGAUAUUGAACAUUUCUGAAAUCAAUGGGUAAUAAAUAGCAUCUUAAUCACUAAUUGAAUUAUGUAACAAAUACGUCGCCAAAUUCAUCCAUCUAAGAGUCUAAGGUACCAAUGAAAAUAUACAGAAUAAUAACAGCAUCAUCAUUGAAAAUGUGGCUAAAUCAGUCCAUUAUAAAUUAUUGGAUCCUGCAAUAUGUUAAACAUUCAUGGAUAAUAUUGAGAAUAUCAAAGAGAAGGAUGAAGAAACUUUUAAUAAUUCCUCAAAUUUAGAAUAAAUUUACACCCAGAUUAAGUCUACUUAUAGUUUGAUAAUGAUCAUCAAUUCAAUUACAAUCAAUAACUAAAUCAAAUUGGAAUAACUACAUUAUAUUUCGAAGAUUAGCACCUCUCCCAUCUUUUUGCAAUUCAUCAUUAAACUACUCAAACAACAAAGAGAUGAAUUUGGAGGAUGGCAAUUGGAUCUCAUCCAAAAAAACAAGGUUCAAUCUUUUAUUAAGGAGAUGUUUGAAGUGGUGGCCAACAAUCUACAUAAAGCCAGUAUUCCCUAAAUCUAUGAAUUCUGCUAAGGAUUAAAAUACUUUAAAUACUUGGGCUUUGAUGUCUUGUAUUCAAUUAAUUUCUAUUUUAUAAUGCAUGAAUUACAUUACAACUUUGGUAGUUUCUUGUCUAAAGUACUCAUUUAAAAACAGUAAUUGUAAUAGAUAAUUGAUCAUUAAUUACUCUAAGAACUAUUUCUAAUUGAACAGAAACUGAAUUACAUCUUAAAAUCCAUUCAACAUGUAUUUGUUUAAUCUUUUUAUCAUGAAGAAAAUCAAAAUAAAGUGAUGAAUGAAAGAAAGAUUCAUUAAAUUGUAUAGCUCUGGAAUUCCUUUUUUGAAAAUAGAACUGAAUUUGUUCAAUAGGAUUAUUUCAAAUAAAUGUCAUAAUUGAUAAAGCUCAAUUACAAUAGCAACGCAAAAGAGGAACAAUUGUUGAGGAGAAUCUCAUUCUUAAGAUUGGCUAAUACUUUCCUUUUAAGAGACAAGCAACAGGAAGUAUCAUUUAGUAGCAAUGCCAUUAUAGAUUUGGUUCAGCCAAAAUUGAAUCUGUAUUAAAUUAUACAAUAAGUUCUAUUGUAGUAGAAUAAAUAAGAUAAACCAAACAUAAUGGUGAUGUAAUAUAUGAUUAAGAGAUUGUAUCAAUUCUACCUAAAUUUGUUGGCCAAUUUGAAGGAUAAAUAAUUUAGAGAAAAGGCUCUAAAAGAACUAUCAAAAUCAAUUCAAUUAUUUUUCGAUGGAGAUGAUCUCUUCUCUCAGUCAAAAAUUCAAUAGAAUGUUCUAGAUUAUAUUGCUGAUAAGAUCUACACAAAUUAUUUCCUAUGUGAUACAUAAGAACAGGUCUAAUUUUUUAUAGAAAUAAUGACUGUUGUGAACUAACAAUUAUUGAAAAUUGAAGAAGAAUUCUUGACUCAAGUAGAGUAAUGUAAAGGUACAUAGGAAGGGAUGCGAUCGUUGUCUCUAUUCAGAUAAUUGGUUUAGAAAGCACAAGGUUAGAAUUACCAAAAUUUAUCAAUUGGAUCAAUUCUUGAGAAGAAAGUGAUAGAUUAUAAAAGGGUAUUCCAAAUAAUACCUUUGUUAUCUAAAUGCAGUCAGAUAUUCAAUGACUCAUCGUAGGUUAUUGCUUAAAGAUUAAAGGCUUAAUAAUUAAUAUCAGAAUUUUGGAUUUAUAUUACUUUGAAUAACCCCUCUUUUUUCUUAUCAAAGAAGGACGGGUAGAAAGAAUAACUCACAAAUGAGGAGGGUAAGCUCUUGAAUGAAUAAAUCUAACCACUUAGGGAAUUGUAUAAAACAAUGUGGUUGCCCUUAAAUUUGAUUGCAUUCCAAACUCCAAAUCUAUUAGCAGGUUCAAAAACGUCUUUGCUUGAUUUAAAGAUUAUUAUGAAAUUAGUUGAAAACAAAGACACUUUCACAUACAAUUUCUUUUAUUUUAAUAGUUUGGCAAGACAGAUGAAGAUCCUAUUCAGGAUUAAGAAAAAGGAGUUGAAGGAUAAACAUUUAGAACCUCAAGAUCUAGUGUAUAUUGUGACCUUGAAUGAUAUACUUUAGAGAUGCUAAGCUAAUAUCAUUCAAGACAUCAAGUAAUUGUAGAAAUAACAGUACUCUUAUAUUAUGAAGUUGUUCAACUUUUUAAAGCAAACCAAUGAUGAAGAGGAAUUAUUAUAAAAUAAGGAAAUCAAUGGAAUCAAGUUGACACAUUAACAAUUGCGGAAUUAAUUAAAUAAAUAGGUUAAAUUCCAGUCUCUUUUGAAGGAAUCAAUCACAAGGGCUGCAGUUCAAUACAAUUCAUUUCUAUUAAAUAGCAAAGGAACCUUAACAAAGGAAAUCAUAUGCAAAGAUUUUGUGUACCUGUUAUAACAAUCAUGUUCAAUAGAGAAGACCUUAUCUGAAUAUGCAAGUGAUAUGGUAAUUGAUUUUAUCCGUAAUUUCCCAUUUGUUUGUUUUUCUCCGGAGGUGAUCAAAGUAUGUUCAUAUUUAUUGACUGUGAUAUCAUAGAAGAUUGGAAGAGAAUAUGACUCAAAGUCUAAAUAGGUGUUUAAUGAUUAGAAAGUGAUGUUGAAUACGGAUUAGAAAAUACUGACUUAGAACAUAGUGUUCUUGAUGAAUUGCAUGCUCAAGUUAAUCUUUAGAGGGUUAUACAUAGACCAUAACUUUGUAAAAGUGUUUUGUUUGCAUUUGAUAAGGUAGGAAACAUCCUUGUUGUCUGAGUUGCCUUUCGGAUAUAAAUUCUUGAAAUUCUUAGUCAAUAGUUUUAAGGUUGAUAAAGAAGCCAUUGAAACAUUCAAGGAUUAAGCGGAUCGAUAUAAUCCUUACUUCUGGUUGGUGAAGGAGGUCGAGUUCGAUACAAGAAUCAGUUCAUCUGACAUGUCAAUGUUUCUAUCAGAUAAGGGGUUGUUGAGAUUGCAAAAGAUUAACAUUGAAUAAAGGAUUCCCUAUGCCAGUGCUCAAGAGAUCCUAAAAUUAAUUAACUAUUCAAUCAAAAAUGAAAUUGAAUUUGAUUUCCAUGCUGAGGAUUUACUAUAAAUAAACUAUGUGUAAGUGUUGAAGGACAUUCAGAAAUGUUGUUAAGAAUUAAAUAUAAUACACUUUAUUUACAACAAUAAAUCGUAAGUGGCUUCAAAGUUGAAGGGACGUAUGUAACAAUUAAGAAUCAAUGUCCGUGAGAGUAAUUACAAAAAGGCAAAGCAAGAAAUUGUGAGAGAGAUGUUACAACAUGUCACUUAAUUGAAGAGUGUGAUAAUACAUUCAGGUGCUUAAAUUAAAACUUAGAUCUUAACUAAACUCUUAGAUAUUUGUAAAUUCUACUUGUAACCAUAAUUAUUAAAAUACAUUUUAAUGAGAUUGAUACCAUUUCUACAUUCAAUCUCUUAGAAUUACUUUGAUUCAACAUUCUUUUUCCUUCUUGGAGAGAUGCUUCAUUAUAUCAUAUAUCAAAUCAAUAAUUUAGGUAACUUGAAGUAUGAUAAAAAAAUAAGUUCUUAGGAUAUAUUUUAAAUUAAGAUCAACUAUUUUAACCAGCUCUAAGACUUGGAAGCUGAGGAAUUCACUGAUUUCUAUUUAAACAAACUGGAAGAACCCUACAUUAAUUUUAUCAAUUUGGCUUAGAUUGGAUAUUACGAAAUCAGGUGGUAAUGCUUAUGCAAAUUACAUCUGAUUCUCAUAAGAUUCUUAAAUGAUAACAUGUAAAUUCAUUUAGUCAAAAAUGUUAAAUUAUCAAUUAUUGCUAAUAUUUUGAAACAUAACUUUAUGACUGAUCGUAAAUUGGUAGAAUUUAUACCAUUAGAGAAUGUGUGUCAAGUACUGAAGGGAUCUAUUGAGAUCAUUCAAUUAAUGAAGGAGUUUAAGGAGAAAUUCAAGGACACUUAGGAUUAUGAAGUGAAAAUUGGAUAGAAUAAUUAAUUGCAUUCUAUGUUGAUGUAAUAAAAUCUGGCUGUUAAAUUUAACAUUGAAUCCUUCUAUUACAAGACUCUGAAAUUUGGAUUGAGUCAUUUUGCUAAGAAUAUCAACUUAUAUCAUGAACCACUCUUCAUUUAAUGUCAGAAUCAAUCUAGAUUGAUUAAAAGAUAUUAGUUAUAUUGUAUUGUGUGUAAAUACUUGGCAAAAGACAAGUUGAAUGAAUUGAAUGAGGAUUCAAAAAUACCCAAGAUGAAGAGAGUCAAAAAAAGAUUCAAUUCUGUCAUUUUUAAGAGUCAUCGAUAGAUUAAGAUGACUACCAAUCCCAAGGAAGGGUAAGCUAGAGCAUCUAUUUUGAUGUAAGGAAAUACAUCCUAGAUAUAUCGAAAAUUGCAAGCAGAAAUUGCAUACAAUGGACAACAGACUUAUGCCAUCUCACUUCAAAAGUUGUAGGAACAAAGACCAUUAGAAGUUAGACCUUAUUAUUUGAGGAAGGCCUUGUAUUUCCUAUUGUGUGAUGAGAUUGAUAAGAUCAAGGCUUUUGCAUCACGUUUAUAAGAUGAAUUGUAGACUGACUAUAGUUUGAUGACUCAAAAUAAGUUGAGUGACAAUUUCAUUCAAUAGAUAUUAAAUGAAAUUCCAGACAAGAAUUUAAAUUUGGCUUACUACAUAUUGAAAAAACUAUAUCCCAUAAUGUAGACAGAACUAUAAUUGAAUGAUGUCCUAUACAAGUUUCUUGGACACAAGAUCUCAUCCAACAUUCAGAAUUACUAUGAUUGUUCCCAUUUCUUUGACAUCAUUGUCACUCACAAUAUGUCGUAGAUAGAGAAUUACACCAAAAUACUGUUGUAUUGGAAACCACCUCAUAUAUAAUUACUCUUAAAAUACAUCACAGAUCAAUUUGAAAACUAUCCUGAUGUCCAAUUGUGUUUCUCUAAGAUCAUGAAGAGAUUACACAGCGAAUAGAUUAUAUUUUAUCUGUCACAGAUCUUACAAUCCCUAGCCAGUAAAUCUGGAUAGUUGAUAAAGACAUUCCUCAUAGAGUAUGCUCAGUAAUCAGUCUUAUUUGCACAUCAACUUUUGUGGUUAGCAAGGGUGGAGAGCAAGAUAGAUGUUGAUCAUAAGAGACCUCCUUCGCCUAAGAAUAAGGGUCAACAUUAAAAUAUAUUAAGAACACCUGAAUAUUAAUAAUUUGUAAGGGACUUGUUGAAUCAAGGUCGGAUCCAAAGGAAAUAGUAUCAAAUAAGUAAGGUGGCACCAUUCAUCAUAUCUAAAAUCAUACGGAAUAUGGAUUCUGAAUAGACAUCCUUCUUUAAGAAGGUGGAUACAUUCUAUGAGAGUGUGACUGCAAUCUCUGGGUAAUUGAGACCUCAGAUGAGUAAGCCUGAGAAGAGAGAUAUAAUUGCUAAGAAACUUAGAGAAAUAGUAUUAACGUAGGAUAUUUAUAUGCCAACUAACCCUAGAUAUCAAAUAACUUCAAUUAAAUUAGAUUCAGGAACACCUAUGCAGAGUGCAGCUAAGUGUCCAAUUUUGGUUAGUUUCCUUUGUAGGAAAUAUGAGGGGCCUGAUAAAUAUUUUGAAAGGAAGUUGAAGGAGAAAAGGGAGUUUGGUAAGGCUUUGGAAAUUGAAUUGACUAAAUAAUUAAAGGAAGAGGAUAUCUAAAAGAUGUUGAUCAUCUUUGAGUAAGAUCCUUUACCUGAUGAUGAAGAGAAAGGAUAAUUGUUCAUAAAUGAGUUGGUGAGACCAUUAAGAAGCAAUGGACAAAUUUAAAUAAUGAGUCAAAGUAUGCAAUCCAAUUACAAGGAUUCUCGCAUUCACAAGUAAUCACAAUCCUUUGAAAAACACAGUUUCAAAUAACCUACUCCCAGAGGAAGUCUUAAGAAACAAACAACCAAUUAUAACAAUGCUGAUUAACAACAGGAAAUCAAGUCAUGCAUCUUCAAAGUAUUUGAUGAUAUCAGACAAGACAACUUGGCCUUAUAAAUAAUCAGUAUGUUUAAGGGUGUGUUUGAAAGGUGUGGAUUGGAUUUACAUGUCUUCCCUUAUAAGACCAUUUCUAAUCGAACAGGUAAAUCUCUGAAUGUUGGAGGAAUCAUUGAAGUUGUACCUAAUACUAUCUCUAGAGAUCAACUAGGUAAGACCAAUCGAUGUACUUUAUAUGAGUAUUUCAUUAAUAAGUUUGGUGCAGAAGACUCAUUAUAAUUUCAAAUAGCAAGAGAGAACUUCAUUAAGAGUUAAGCCGCUUACAGUAUUAUCAGUUAUAUCUUGCAAAUCAAGGAUAGACACAAUGGCAACAUUUUGAUCAGCGAUAAGGGACACUUGAUACACAUAGAUUUUGGAUUCAUCUUCGAUAUUAGUCCUGGAGGUAAUCUUAAAUUUGAAUCUGCCAAUUUCAAAUUGACCAAGGAGAUGAGUCAAAUUAUGGGUGGAGAGGUAUCCAAUAACAUGUUAUCUUAUUAGGCGUUUAAUUAUUAUGUGGAUCUAACAGUGAGAGCCUUCUUAGCCAUUCGCCAUUACUAUGAGCAUUUCUAUUAUUUGGUGACUCUGAUGACUAACUCUGGGUUGGGAUGUUUUAUGAAGGAUUCAAUGAAGAAUUUCACAGAGAGAUUUCAACUAAAGAAGAAUGACCUGGCUGCUGCGAAGUAUAUGUAGAGUAUCAUAGAGGAUGCGAAUGAUAAAAUAACGACAAGAUGGUAUGACAACAUUUAGUACUAUUAAAAUGGGAUAUCAAGAUGA